AAUUUUUCUGCAUCUUUUUGAGACAAGAUGUGCCUGAUUUUUGAAAUAUUACGUAGAUGAAAGAAUGCAGUCCUUGAGAUUUGCUUUACGUGGGAGUUAAAGGACAAGUCCCGAUCAAAGAUAACGCCAAGAUUCUUUACAGUGGUGUUGGAUGCCAGGGCAAUGCCGUCUACAGAAUCCACAUCACCAGAUAAUUGAUCUCUGAGGUGCUCAGGGCCGAUUAAAAUUACUUCGGUUUUGUCUGAGUUUAACAUCAAGAAAUUGCAGGUCAUCCAUGUUUUUAUGUCUUUAAGACAUGCUUGAAUUUUGUGUUGUACCUAUCUCCUCUUUUUUUCUCUCCUUAAGGAUGAAUUUUCAUCUCUCAAUCACACGUUACUAACUCUGCUUUCUCCCCGGAGUCAAUUUUGUUUCUUUUGUUUUGCAUCUCUUUAUAGUCAUUAGCUUCUUUUAUAGUUGUUUUGCUUCUUUUUGUACCCAUUAGCCUAUCUUUUUACUCACUAGCAUCUCUUUGUAGUCAUUUGCUUCUUUGGUUUUGCAUCUCUUUGUAGCCAUUUGCAUAUGUGUUUAGUCAUUAGCUUCUUUUAUAGUUGUUUUGCAUCUCUUUGGAGUCAUUAGCAUCUCUUUGUAGUCAUUAGCUUAUUAUUUCAUAGUUGUUUUGCAUCUCUUUGUAGCCAUUAGCAUCUCUUUGUAAACAUUAGCAUAUCUUUGUAGUCAUUCGCAUCUCUUUGUAAACAUUAGCAUCUCUUUGUAUCCAUUAGCAUCUCUUUGUAAACAUUAGCAUAUCUUUGUAGCCAUUAGCUUCUUUCAUAGUCAUUAGCAUCUCUUUGUAGCCAUUAGCUUCUUUUAUAGUUGUUUUGCAUCUUUUUUCCCGUGUUCAUUAGAGGAGAGGAGAGCGAGGACUUCCUGACUAACGGUUUUCAAUUAAAUGUUCAUACAACCACAAUUAAACUAAUAUCGUCAUUUGUCGGCAGAAUGUGUGCACAUAUAUAUUUUCCCUUGGACAUUGUUGGAACCUGCUCAAUGAAAUGUUUGUAUUUCCAGACUCAAUAAAGUGUUUGAUGGUAUGAUAGUGAGCUGAUAGCUACUCAUAACUUGGACUUUACAUGCUCGAUGACUGCUGGAAGACGUCCAGAGACCUUUGCUAAUAAAUUUCAUACAAAUGAUUAUCACACUUUCUGUCAUCGAUUGACAGUCUAUAUGUUCUCAGUGUUUGGGUCAAAGUCCUUAAUGGAAAACCCUGCUUUGAUAGCUUAAAACAUGGUCCAAGGACAGGCCGCUCUGAUAGAUUAGAAUCAUAAAUCGGUGUCCUUGGAUGAUCUGAGAGAAAGCAGAAAGUUAAAAUGAAAGGCCUUGUAAAAAAAAUACAUUUAAUAUGCAUCUUUAAAAAAAUUUAAAAAAAAUGUUUGGAAUAAUGAUGAAGAGGGAUCCUCGGCAUUGUACCGCUUCUGCAUGUGCAGAAUCAUUUUAAUCACACAGAGAAAUAUUUAAUUAGUAAUGGCAAAUUUGGACAAACACGACUUAUCCAUGUCCUGUAAUAGAUGGAUACUACUAAAGGUACUAAAAUGUACACAAGUAUGUAAGUUAAAUGCAGAAUAAUUCAUUGGUGUAUGAUGUUUCUAUGAUAAAUGUUAUAUUAGAAGGUUAUUAAUACUUGUGCAGGUAGCCAUUUACUAUGGUGGAGUACAUCUUGACUUUAAAGUCGCUGCCCGAGAACUAUGAAAAACUUUAUUUUGGAAAUGAUUCAAAAGAAGGGGGGUUUUAAAAUAUUAAAACAUAUGUUCUCAUAUAUAUUCUAUUUUUGUUGUAAUAUAAACUAUCAGGUCUCAAUUAUAGACGGAAAAUACAACCUCACAGGUAAAAGUCCUGCAUUCAACAUGUUAAAGUGGUCAAGAAGUAGAAUACAUUCAAAUGUACUUAAAGUAGCCAAAGUAAAAUCAGUACGUGAUUAAAAAAAUAUUUAUUUGAUAAAAUCCUUUAAAAAUAUUUAUUAAAUAAAUAUUGAAUACAAUACAAGUGUAAGUUCAGAAAGGUAAUGGUAUAUAUUCUAUAUUAAAUCAGACACUGAUGACCCAGAGUAAAAGUGUUCUGCUUUGUGUUUACGUCAGGUGACUCGGUAUCAGACGGUUAUUUGACGUAAAGAGGGGGCUGAAUUAUAACGACUGUAUCAUUUAUCAUUUGGGACUGUGGGUCAGUGGUUAGCAGGCCUGCCUUUCAAUCAGGGGGUUUGUGGUUCAAUUCCUGCUCUAGUUGAUCUGUCCUUGAGCGACAGGUGUAUGAAGUGUCUGUGAGGACUCUAAAAAGAUCAAUAAAUUAAAUGGAUUAUUCUCAUUUAUCUGACCUUGCUGACUGAGGUCAACCUUAAACGGCUUUAAUCCACAUUACCUCUUUUUCAAAAGGUGUCUCUGAGGACUCCUUCCCGGUCUGGAUCACCUCACCUGACUCCACCUGGCGAGGUGUCAACGGACUUGAUUGGGCGGAGAUUAAAUUGAUUCGAUGAAUCUCAGUUGCAGCCCUUCGGCUUUGAUGUUUUUACGACUCCGUGAUGCAACAGUUCAGUGUGCCAGCUGCCGGAGGUGAAUAUAUAAAAACCACAGAGCGUUUCGACGCCCCGCACUUAGUCUGCAGGUUCGGGUCGGGUGUAGGUUACAGGUGCUGGAGCAGAGGUCUCUCGAAGGUAGAACAAAAAACAAAGCAGCAAUGGGCCUUGAGAAAAUGCAAAUGGAGGACACCGACUCCACUCUCAUGGAGAAGGAGCAGAAGGCGCCGGCGCCCAGGCCCCCCAACAAAUACGAGACUCUGUUCCAGCCCUGCCUGGCCGAGCUGGUGGGGACCAUGUUCUUCGUUUUCAUCGGCUGCGUGUCCGUCAUCGAGAACGUGCCGGCGGCCGGGCGGCUGCAGCCGGCCCUGGCGCACGGACUGGCUGUGGCGGUGAUGGUGGCGGUCAUGGACAACAUCAGCGGCUCCCACUUCAACCCCCCCUUCACCAUCGCCAUCUACCUGUGUGGCGGCAUGAAGCUGAUGAUGGUGGGACCCUACCUGGUCAGCCAGCUGAUUGGAGGAGUUAUGGGAGCUGCAAUGGCCAAGAUAAUGACCCCGACGGACCGCUACUUCAACGCUACGGGAGCGGCGUUCGAUAUCCUGAAGUCGGACAGCCAGCUGACCGGAGCCAUCUUCGGGGAGGUGGCCAUGACCUGCUUGAUCACCAUGGUGGUGCUGCUGGUGGCGGUCAACACGAAGACGAAAACGCCGCUGGCUCCGUUCCUGGUGGGCUGCACCGUCAUCAUCAACGUCCUGGCAGGGGGUGACGUGUCGGGCACGUGUCUGAACCCAGCGCGGGCUUUCGGUCCAGCCGUGAUGACCAACUACUGGUCCUACCACUGGGUUUACUGGGUGGGACCCAUCGGGGGAGGCCUGGUGGCCGCUGCGAUACUCAGGCUCAUUCUGGGUGAUGAAAAACUACGAGUGUUUAUGAAGUAAGAAUAAGAGCCUCUAUGUGUGUUUAUUGCUGUGCAGGCGUCAAUAAACCUGUAAACAUUGUCCGUCAGGAUAUGACUCGUGCCAUAAUGACAUGCAGUCAGUUGGAUGCUUAACUUUUGUUUCUUUUUCCAUGUCAAGUUGUGCAUUUAUUUUUUUUUUCAAUAUGAAAUAAAGAACAAAACGUGUCUGUUCAUUUGUGAUCCUGCAGACGUUUGUUGUGCGUGCAGUGAAAACUCAUUUCAG